AUGUCUACCCAGUACAACAAAGAGCUUGAUAAUGCCCUGGAUCAAAUCAAAGACUACCUGAUGAAAACUGAACAGAGCUUGAACAAUGCUAACACAUCUCAUCCCAAAGUCAUCGCAACUUACAACUAUGUGCGAACAUGGCAACCCCAACCUUCCUCGCUGACUUUGGACAAUAAAAUUUUGGUGAUGAUCUUCAGAGGUUUUCAAGACGUAUCCACGAGCCUCGCAAGUCAACUCCGACAAAUAAAAGGCCUGAAAAUAACGACUAUUGAAAGAAAAAGUCAGAUAUAUCCUUCAAUAAGCAACGCUCAUGUUGUUAUCUGUGAUCCCGCUAACAUCCCUGAUAACUUCCCUUGGUCUUCUUUUGCAUCGAUUAUCGCAUACGAAGAUAAGAUCGAAUGGUUGAACAAAGUUUUGUUUGGAAAAUCUCUCAAAGAAAAUAAUUUCAUCUGUCUGAAAGGUGUGUCAAGUGGAGAGCAACAGGAAUUCGCUGAAUCUAAUAUUGAAAGUAAGUCGAUCAAACAAAUCUGUAAGCUACUCGUUAUUUAUCAUCAAGUAUAUAUUAUGUGAGUGAGUAAGGGCCCUGGGAAAGAUAAAUCUUUGAUUGAUUGAUUUUUAUGCUCAUUUGGAUUAUCCACGAAACUCAGCAUUCAUUGUUGUUACUGCCAUCUGUUUGUACGCUUUUCAUUUUAGAUCUUCCAGCAGCUGAUUCCGAGACUCCAAAACUGGAGGUAUAUACUCUGAUUGGGUCAUCUAAAAUCACAAAGAAUGCCAAUUUGCUAAGAUGUUUGGAGCAAAGAUGCGGAAUUGUUAUUAUUGAAAGAGAAUAUGAGAAGAUCUUGAAAAAUGCUGUUACUACUUCAUCUAAGAUGUGUCGACAGCCUGAUCUUAUCCUGGAUCAACGUGCUAGUGUGAUCAUCGAGAAUGUCAUCAAUUUUAGUAAUGAAGAAGGAUAUAAGAAUAUUGUUGACCUAGUUCUUUCAACAUCAUUCAAAUGUCAAAUAUGCAGUAUCAUCCUAGUUUGUGAGAAUAAAAGCAACUCAGAGUAA